AUGGGUAAGAAGAAAUGGAGCGAGACGGGAAAGCCCAAUCAGGACAUCUGCGAGUUUCUCCAAGAACUGGCCGAAUACGAAAAAAAUGUAACGAGGAACGUCCACAAGAGCAUGGCCUACCGGAAGGCAGCGGCGACACUCGAAAAACUGCCCGAGCGCGUGAAGAGCGCCGAAGCGGCUAAAGAGCUUCCGGGCAUCGGCGUCAAAAUCUCGCAGAAAAUCGGCGAGUUCCUCGCCACCGGAAAAGUGGCCAAGGUGGAGAAAAUUCGCGCCGACGACAGCACCAGCGCGAUCCAAGACCUGACGCGGGUGUCCGGGAUCGGACCGGCAGCGGCCAGGAGCCUUUUCGAGCGGGGCAUCAGCAACGUCGACGACCUGCGCAAGGACCCGUCCUCGUUGACGCAGCACCAGAAAAUCGGCCUCCGGCACCUCGAAGACUUCGAGAAGCGAAUUCCUCGGGAAGAAGUGGCCCAGCUCGAAGCGCGCAUCCUGGCAGAGUGCCGCGCGCUCGACGAGGACUACGAGGCCGUCGUGUGCGGCAGCUACCGCCGGGGCCUGCCGUCCAGCGGCGACGUGGACCUGCUCGUAUGCCACAAAUUGUACCGGUCUCAAGAAGGCACCGACCAGAAGCCGCCCAAGCUGCUCGCCCGCCUAGCGGAGCGGCUGCGCGAGGCCGGUGUUAUCACUGACACCAUGUCGCUGGGAGGCACCAAGUUUGCUGGCGUGUGUCGGCUGGAUGACUCGCACCCGUACCGCCGCCUGGACAUGCGCCUCCUGCCGCGAGAUCACUUCUUCUGUGGCCUGCUCUACUUUACAGGGAGCGACAUCUUCAACAAGAGCAUGCGGGCGCAUGCCCUCCAACAGGGAUUCACGCUGAGCGAGUACGCGCUGCGGCCGCUGGGCUCGACGGGCGUGGCCGGGGAACCCGUGCCGGUGUCCAGCGAACGCGACGUGUUUGAUUGGCUGGGCCUCCCGUACAGAGAGCCUCAGCAGAGAAACGGGCCAGUCGACGAGUAAAGUUGUAUUUAAUAACGGUG